AUGGCUCCUCCUUGCCAGGCCUUGCGGCCGUCGUCACCAUCGCCGGCGAGGUUCCGAGCGUUGCCUACGGCGGCGUAUCCCUUCCUAUCGUCUUGCCGCUCCUCCCUGAUUGGGCAUCGUCUUGUCCCUCGCCACGCCUGGCCGGUGGCGCUCACUCGCCGCGGCGGCGGCGGCGCCGGGGGCGGUGGCGGAGGAAUGCCUCGGCCGACGUGUAUGGCCAACCCUCGGAGGGUGAAGAUGGUGGCGAAGCAGAUAAGGAGGGAGCUUUCUGAUAUGCUGCUCACGGAUAAGGUUCUGCAGUAUGCGGUUCUUCCCGAAGCCUCUCUCGGCGCCGACCGGUACCUCUCCUCCCUCACCACGAUCAGCGACGUUGAGGUCUCCGGCGACCUCCAGGUACCGCCGCCGCUCGUUUCUUUCUCUCCAUCUCCGCCUCCCUUCCGGCUGUCGGUCGGCGCGAUUUUACCCCCCACCCUGAAAACCCUAAUUCCGAGGCAUCGGCCUACUCCAUCGCCGAUGCCUCAUGGACGACGCUGCAACCAUUGAUAAAAUUGGAUUCGUGCCGUAGGAUUCUAUCCUAUAGAAACGAGCUCAUGAUGUUCGGUCAACUUUAGAAACCUGAGGCAGUCCUGCCGGCUGGUUGACCAAUUGGUCAAUCAGAUUUGACCUGAUGUUCUUCCUUAUCUGCCGGCAAGAUCGAGACCGAUCAUUUGACCGUUGUGUUCAGUGUACAGACAGACAGCUGAAGUCCAGCUAAGGUUUUUCCUCACACAUCAGAAAGAUCAAGCUUGUGCUCUUCCUCGGUAAGGAAGAUCCUCCUUCCUCAUAAGAAUGAAGAAGGCUGAUGAUGACCCAAGAAAUAAACAAUUAAACCACAAUAUCAGAUUCAUUUACGUUUCGGUUAAUUAUUUUUACCUAUGAAAGUCAGCCCUUUUUCCAUUUAUAGAAAUAAAGAUAAAAAACGACCUGAGGCUUCAGAUUUUUCCUGAUAAAGAAGAGUUCGAUUGGAUAAAGAACAUGCAUGGCCAUGGCUAUGGCCAUGGCUAUGGGUGGAGAUCGAUAACCCUCUUAAUCUUACAUUGCCGCAGGUGGUCAAGGUGUACGUAUCCAUCUUCGGUGACGAGAGGGGUCGAGAGGUGGCCAUGGCCGGGCUGAAGUCAAAGGCCAAGUACGUCCGCAGCGAGCUAGGGCGGCGCAUGAAGCUGCGGUUGACCCCCGAGAUCCGAUUCAUCGAGGACGAGUCUCUUGAGAGAGGCAGCCGGGUAAUCCCCUCCCUCCCCCCCCUUCUCUCUCUCUUUACAUCUAGAGAGAGAGAUUUAUGACCCAACAUUGGUGGCUAUGGUUUCAGGUGAUCGCCAUACUGGACAGGCUGAAGAACGAGAAGGACGACGGGGAAGAGGAAGACGAGGAGGCGCCGGCGGGGGCGUCGAACAGCUCCCGAGGAGAAGACGACGACGACGACGACGACAACUGGGACGCGGAUGACGUGGACGACGGAGUCAUCUACGUCAAGUGA